UAGUAGUGAAUAUAUGCUACAGUACUGUGUAUGAUGAAAGCUAUACUACAGUAGAACAUGUGACACGAUAAUGAAUCAGCUGAUAUAGGAAUAUAGGAACUCUUCUUGAAAAGUAGUCAAACUGUUUUAAGUUUAUAGAUGCUCUAAUUUCGUCUGUUUAUCGUUUCACUCAGUCGCCUUUCCAAUCUAUGCGCAGCAUAGUUGAUCUCUAGUUCGUAAUCUUACAACUUCUGAUACUCUUUCUCAUCUUUAACGUUUUCCUUAAGAAGACAUAGGAAAGUGCGUGCUCUUUUUCGUAAAGUCCAUCGAAACAACGUGCAUUCUGCGCUGUUUUUGUCAUAAAUGCCACACGUACCUCUGCACACACUGCUCGCCUUAGUUGCUUCAUAAGCCAAAGACAGACUCGAGCUCACGGACACUGCUCUAAUUUAUUUUUUUGCUACGUCUACAGUCAUCGUAUACAAAUUAGAUUUUUGCGUUGAUCGAAGAAGAGAAAUAACCUUUAGACUUCACGCAGAAAUUUGUAGCAGAGAAAACUAUUACUACUUCAAAGUCAUACUUCAAAGUGUAAUUACUUUAAUUCCUGUCGGUCGCAUUCUUUUUAAUACCAUCUCCUUAAGGUUUAUUCAACUCUUUUUUAUGUUUACUUGUAAUCAUUUGAUAGAGCAAAUUAUGUAGAUUCAGAAUAGAGAUAUGCAACCCAACCCGAUCCGAAGGUCGGAUACGGAUUCCGUUUUGUUAAAUUUCCCCCAAAAUCGGCAUGUUUCAAUGGAACAUCAUAAAAAUUUAGUAAAAAAGUACAAGGUUUUAGCUAGAAUACAUGAAGCUUUAAAGAAGUUACUUGAGAACAUAAUGAUAACUAGACACUUUCAGCUGAAAAAUAAAAGUUUUUAACUGGAAACCGGAAAGGAGAAAAUCUUUAGGUAUAAGUUAGGUACGGGUGAAGUGCGGGUACAAAGUUCUUGGGUACGAGCGAAAAAACAUUUUCGAAUCCGAUAUCUGUACUUGCGUACAUCUCUAAUUCAGAAUCUAACAUCAAAAAUUUAAAUAUGAUCAUUCCCAUUUUCUAUCCGAUCAUUUGAAUAACGAUCAUAAAAAUCUUUUUAUCUUAUUUUGAAUCUAAAUGAUUAAUCUCUAUCAAACGGUGGAAAAAUCUGUAAGAAAGAGUCGAACGAAUAUUAAAAAGAUGAAUUUGAAAAAAAGUUUAAAGAAAGUAGCUGUUGAUUUAGCGUAAUCGUUCUACUGCAAAAUAUUUUCUGAGCUUGAACGUUCUACUAUCAGCCAUAAUGUAGUUAUUCAUGCUUAGGUUUGGCCAGUGAAACUGAUGUAUUUGAUUUUUAUGUUGGCGAACGAAGUGUUUGUUGGUUCGACAUCGUAUGUAAAGGCAAUACUAGACAUGGUUCCGGAUUGAUUGAACAUACAGCGACGGAAAAAGUUCAAUUUAUUCUAAAUGAAUUAUUAUCUUAUCGUAUCCAGCAAAAAAUAUGUUUUGAUUCAAAUAAACAACUACAAUUGGGUGAUAUAACAACAAUUAAUUUAACUAAAAUAACUGGUGGUGUACAACCCAAUGUUGUUCCAUCUAGUUUUACAUUGACAUUUGAUUGUCGAAUAGCGACAGAUAAUUAUGAACAAUUUAAAUUAUUUUUGAAUGAUGUUAUUCAACGAACACCAAAAAAAAUGAAAAUGAUGUUGAAUUAA